AGCUUCCACAUUGCCAUUCCUUUGAUAGCUUCACUCCAGGGACUAGUUGUCAUCCAUUGCAACAUGUGGGCAAAGACCAUCACUGAAAAUUUUGCUAAUGUUAUCCAUGGUUUGAAUGCGAGUCACCUGACAGAUCUAGUCAUUCAGAGAAGCAAACGGAUGAUCCUGGAUACUCUGGGAGUGGGGCUGCUGGGUACCAGCACGGAGGUCUUCCACAAAGCUAUACAAUACAGUAAAAUCUACCGUUCAGAUGUAUCCAGCACGGUUUGGGGUCACUCGGAUUUCAGACUUCCUCCUCUGUAUGCAGCUUUUGUGAACGGAGUAGCUGUUCACUCAAUGGAUUUUGAUGAUACAUGGCAUCCAGCCACACACCCAUCUGGGGCUGUGCUUCCUGCUCUGCUUGCUCUAUCAGAAGUCCUGCCUCAAAAGCAAAAAUUCUCUGGCCUUGACCUGCUCUUAGCUUUCAAUGUAGGGAUUGAAGUACAAGGCAGAUUGAUGCACUUUUCCAAUGAAGCCAGCUAUGUUCCAAAAAGGUUUCAUCCACCAUCUGUGGUUGGCACCAUAGGGAGUGCAGCAGCUACUGCUAAAUUGUUAGCACUCGAUCAGUUUAAGUGUAAAGCAGCUUUGGCUGUUGCUGCUUCUUAUGCAGGUGCCCCAAUGGCUAAUGCAGCAACACAAACCAAACCCCUUCACAUUGGCAAUGCAGCUAGGCAUGGCCUGGAAGCAACUUGCUUUGCGUCACUGGGCCUUCAAGGAAACAAACAGAUCUUGGACAUGGAGUCAGGCUUGGGUGCCUUUUAUACAGACUAUGCCCCCCAGUUUCUGCCAACUUUACAAUCUUAUUCCUGGCUCUUGGAUCAACAAGAUGUGGCCAUCAAGCGCUUUCCUGCUCAUCUUGGAACACACUGGGUGGCAGAUGCAGUCUCUUCACUAAGGAAGUACCUUGUGGAGAGUGAUGACUCAGUCCCCAUUAGUAGAAUUAAGAGAAUUGUUGUCAAAGUCCCAGAUGUUAGAUAUGUGAACAGACCUUUCCCUAACUCUGAACAUGAAGCCCGGCAUUCUUUCCAGUUUGCUGCAUGCACUACUCUGCUGGAUGGCAGUAUCUCCAUUCAGUCAUUCAGCGAUCAGAACAUUUCUAGGCCAGAGUUAAAGGAGCUGCUCAGCAAAACUAAGCUAGAGCAUCCUGCCGAUAACAAGCCUAGCUUUGAUAACCUUUACUGUGAGGUUAAUGUCACUCUUCAGGAUGGCAAGGUGUUUAGUGAACGCUGCGAUACAUUCUAUGGACAUUGGAGGAAACCCUUGAGUACAGAAGAUCUGAAGAAAAAGUUUCACUCCAAUGCUUCCAGUGUGCUCUCAGUGGAAGCUACAGAAGGCAUUAUAGAGACUGUGGAUAAUUUAGAAAAAGUAGAAGACUGUUUUGUGUUAAGUGCAUUUCUAAAAAGGGACACAGUCAACCAAAGUACGUUCAAAAAUGUGCUUACUUUGAAAAAUAAUUAACAUUUAUUGACAUACAUCCUCAUAGUUACUCCUUUAUGAGCUUAAAACAAAUCAGGAAUACCGAACUCCUAUCAUAUUGCACUCCUGUAACAUAAGCAGCAUUUUAAGUCCAGUAUUGUGGCUCUAGUUACAAAGAUUGUGUUUUGCUGUAGCUAUGUCUUGCCAAGGGCUGGAAGGAAGAUCCUGUGGUAACAGUGUCCCCCUUGAUUAUCCUUAUAUCAUUAGUAGAAAAGUGUUGGCUGCAGGCUCCACAAAGUACCACUGCUGCUGUGGGAUUCCUGUUACCAAGUUCUCUGCUAUCCUGGUGCCAGAAACAAAAGCCUCUUUCUAAAUAUCUUGCUUCUAUUAGAGGAUUUGGUAGUGCAGACCUGAAUUUUGGAGGGAUAGGGCAGUCACUGCUUCUGGGAGGGCAGCAGUUGACAGAAGGUCAGGUAAAGAAUAAGUAAUUUAUAGCUAAAAAUAUAUAAAAAUUCUAUCUAUGC